UUUCAAAAAGUUUAUACGUAAAAAUGUUCAAAUGAAAACACAAAUAAUAAUUGGUUAAAAACAUAAAUAAUAAUUUAUCAUUAUAAUCUUUUAAUUAGUGAAAAUGUAUUAAUAAGUGUUUACAUAUGCGCGAAUGCGCGCAUAAAAAAUCUAGUUUUAUAUAUAUUUAUUAAUACAUACAUUACUAUUAAGCACUAUAAUAAUAAAGUAUUAUUUAUAGUUAAAAAUAUUCUAAAAUUCUGAAUUUCUAAGUUUCUUAUGCAACACAUAUUUUUCUAUUUUAAAAAUAUACAAAUCUUAUUCUUUCUUCUAUAAACAAAUCUUACUAUUCUGAAAUCAAUUAAAAUUUCAUUAACUGUAUAAAUUAUUUUUAGGGAAUCGCAAAUUUUUAUAUUAUUAAACAGAAUGAUAAAUAGAAAAUAUAUUUUGAAUAAAGGAAAGUGAUGAAUUAUGGAAAACUUAAGCUCUGCUUUUUCUCGUACCUUCCUUUUUGCGUUUAUCAGUUCCCCCUAUAAAUACUCAAGUCUCUCUAUCAUUAACAACUACAAAUUUCAUUCUGACAUUCAAUCUCCUGACUGUAUUAUCAAAACCCCCUAAGAGUUAAACCAAUGGCGAUUAUCUCUGAGAUUCAAGAGGAGACGAGACAAGAGGAGAAUGUGCCUCCAAUGGAGCCCAUGGAGGUGGAGAAGCCAAAGAAAGAAAGCUUGAAGCCCACGGAACCCAUUGUUCCUAACAAAGGCAAAGGGCUUGAUUUCGAGAAGUACUCAUGGACACAGAAUCUCCAGGAGGUCACAGUCACCAUUCCAGUCCCUAGCGGCACUAAGUCACGGUCUGUCACCUGUGAAAUCAGGAAGAACCGUCUAAGAGUUGGUCUCAAAGGACAAGACCCAAUCAUCGAUGGAGAGUUCUUCAAUGCUGUCAAGCCUGACGACUGCUUCUGGAACAUUGAGGAUCAGGAGGUCAUAUCGGUGCUCUUGACAAAGCAGGACCAGAUGCAGUGGUGGAAGUACUGUGUGAAAGGGGAGCCUGAGAUUGACACUCAGAAAGUUGAGCCAGAGAGCAGCAGACUGUCUGAUUUAGACCCGGAGACUCGAAGUAGCGUUGAGAAGAUGAUGUUUGAUCAAAGGCAGAAGCAGAUGGGACUACCAACGAGUGAUGAGAUUGAGAAGAAAGAUAUGAUGAAGAAGUUUAUGUCUCAGCAUCCUGAGAUGAACUUCUCUAAUGCAAAGUUUAACUGAUCUUUUUCCUUGUUCUCUCUUCUUCUCUUAAGCCAGUUUUGUAUUUGAACUAUCAUCUUGUUAUGGCUUUAAGAUAUUGAAUCUACCCUUUUGGUUUUGAUCAAGACAGUUGUUAUACGUUUAAUAAACCAUUAUGGGGAAAAUUUAACCGGUUAUUGCUUAACUAUGUGUUCAAAAAUGGUUUGCUUAAAAAGUCUUCUAGGUGAAAUAAGAAUCUGGUACUGUAACCACUAACCAGUAUAUAGACAAGAAAGCUUACAGCUCGCAUACUGGUAGUUCUAUAUGCCUAUAAAAUAGAAUAUACUGAAUACAGAAAGGAUGUAACGUGCAUGGAGACUGCAUUCAUCACUGAUGUUGUAGACAAUGGUAUUAUCAGCAAACGAAAAAACUUUAGAACGUUGAAUGUUGUCUCUCUAAAUCGGUAGAAUAGCCACUAUAAAAUCGUUAUUUUCUAAAGAAACGGAGACAAUAAAAGUUUCAAACAUCUUUGAC